AUGAAAAGAGAGGAUGAUGGGGAGCUGAAGGAAGAAAAGAGUGUGAAAAAUGGGCUUUCUCCCACAAAGAAUUUUGGGGUCCUAAAAUUGGCGAAGAACGUGGAUCACGAAUGGAACCCAUCAUCUCCAUCCUGUAGAAGCUACAAAAUCACUCAGAAGGCACUUUCAUUAUCCCAGUUUCACGCACUAGACUCAUCAUCUCCACCCCGUAGAAACUAUGAGAUAACCUCAAAGGCACCUUCGGCAUCCAGUGGUCACAGACUGAUCAUAGAACCCUGCUAUGUCGAAGAAUUGGAAUUAAAGGUGGUUUCAGGGCUUAUAGAUGAAGUUGAAUUGAAACUGAGUGAGUAUAAGGAGGUGAUGAAGAAAGAGAAUAGAGAAUUGGAGAAUAGGGUAGUGAGUUUAACAGAAGAAAAUAGGGAUAUCAAUAGCUUGCUUAGGAUUGCUUUGGCAGAAAAAGAGGCACUGAAGAAGUUAAACAGGGUAAAGGGGAAUAAUGAGCAGAAGAGAAUUGUAUUUUUGCAGAUUGCAGAGAGAGGACUGCAGAAAGUCGGAUUUGGGUUUAUGAUUGGAAAUAAAGUUAAUGAACAGCUGAAAGAUAAUCCAGAGGAUAAAUCAGAUGGCAGUGAAUCUGAAGAGGAGGCUGUUAGUCUGGCUUCUACUGUCGAGAAGAUUACGAAGAAUUUACGACUUGAAAUCACCCAAUUGAGGACAUCUUUGGAAGAAUCGAGGUCAGAUGCCUUGUGCCUACAGAGUAUUGCAGACAAGCAAGCUAAAAAAUUAGCAGAAGACGCGCUUCGCAUUGAAAAGUUGGAGAACAGAGAAAUGUUGUUAACCGAAAAUGUCGAAGCAUUAUUAGCAGAAAUCAAGGAAACUGUGAAGAAUGUGGUACAAUGA